UGUGCCUUGAAGCAAUGGGGGAUGGACAAGAAUUUGGUGAUUUCAGUGGGACUGGAUGUUUUUUUUGUUCAGCUGGAUUCCUGCUGCCACCUCACUUGGCUCCUCGGUGCUCUUUGCUCUCCUCUUGCUGGCCUUUUACAUCAUGCUCAGCAGGAAAAUUGCCCAGCAUUCCUGUGGGAUGCAGGUGAGGAGCAGCCCUGGGGUCCAUCCCAGCCCUCAGCCCUCCCCAGCUCCAGCCUCGGCACCAGGAGGGGACACGGCACAAAAACCUGGAGCACAAAAUCCUGGGGCACAAAAUCCUGCAGCACAAAAUCCUGGGGCACAGAACCCAGCAGCAGCCUAUGCAGGGAGCAGUGACACAUCUUCAGAAACCUCGGAGGAGUCAGACAGCCCUUCCUGCCCUCAGGGCCCUGCCUUGGAGGAAAACAUCCAUUACACAUCCCUGGUGUUCCCAGGGAAGGGCCACGAGCCAGGCUCUGCCCAGGACUACGAGAACGUGAAGACUGGCGUGGAUUAUGUCAACAUGGACCCAAAGAGGAAGAAAAUUCAUUUCUGGUCCUUCUCCAGCAGCACCAGGGCAUCCAAGGGUGUGGAGUACACCGAGGUGAAGCUGUGACACUGACACUGGUGUGGGGCUGUGGCACU